AUGAAUCAAAUUCCUCAAAGUUAGUUUUAAUUUAUCAAAACUUAUUUUCUAAAGAGUAGCAUAGCUAAAUAAAUAAUACCAGAUAGUUUAGAUGAUAUUCAUCCAGAGUAAUAAUUAAAUAUACAUUUAGAAUAUUAGAUGGGCAUUCAACAAACAACUCAUAACAUAGAAGAAUCAAAUCUGAUGUUGUAUAAAAAAAGGAAGCCUAAAAACUUAGGCUUAUUUAAUAGUAGUAUUCAUAAUAAACAGAUACUUCGACAUAAAAUCAAAGUUUUAUUUCAUAAGGAAUUUUAAAAAAUAAAUCACAAAGAAGUAUAAGCAAUAAAGGGUAAAUAAAAAAAUCUCAUAAAAAAAAAGUGCAUUUUAUAUGA